GACAUCAUGGUACUACUACCGUUAUUGUGUCUGUUGCCAGUCUUGGUGUUCUCCACCUCAACCCCUACCAUUAAACCCAGAGUUAAUAUAGCAAAGGAGGGUAGCAUCUCAGUUUAUGUCCACGAUGAGGUCAAUGUCCAGUCAAUGGACAUAAAAGUGACUUUUUUUAAACCAUUCCAGCUUCAUAAUUUGGUGGCCAAUUUCAACAAAGUAACUAGUGAAUGGUGGAUUAAAACACCUGUCAAUAACCUGGAAGGAGUUAAAUCAUUUGAAUUGGCUGUGUUUUAUUAUUAUCAUGUUGAAAAUAAUCAUCCACCUCAGAGGAAAAUUUACACCGAAACAAUUUUUCUUAAUCAAGAGACUGGUCUACAACCACAACCUCAUCAGAUGAGUAAAAGAGAAGUAACUGUUUUAUUUGAUGAUUUUAAUGGUAAUCAAUUAAACAUGAAUAACUGGAUGUAUGAAGUUACCGCUAGUGGUGGUGGGAACGGCGAGUUUCAAGUUUACACGCCAGAAGCUACCAAUACGUUUUUGAAAAAUGGCAUUCUACACUUGAAGCCGACAUUUACUGCUGACAGAUUUGGUGAAAAUUUCCUAAACAAUGGUAAAUUAGACGUCAAAGGACAAUGGGGAUCAUGUACAGCUAGUUUUAAUAACGGAUGUUAUAGAACAGGAUCUAAUAUACCACCUAUCAUGUCAUCAAAGAUCAUUUCUAAAGUUAAAAUAAGCCACGGAAGAGUUGAAGUAUUAGCUAAAAUACCAGUUGGUGAUUGGAUUUGGCCAGCUAUUUGGUUGUUGCCACCUGGUGGAACUGGUGUAUAUGGUAGUUGGCCGAAUUCUGGUGAAAUUGACAUAAUGGAAUCACGAGGUAACUUAAACCUGAAAGAUGGCCAAGGCCACAUACAAGGUGUUAAACAAACAUUGUCUACCAUACAUUUUGGCAAUGGUCGACCCAAUCAUAGACAACAUGGUCAUUGGAAAUUAAAAACUGAUGGAAGUACCUGGGCCGAUGAUUAUCAUUUAUAUGCCGUUGAUUGGACACAAGAUCGUAUAAAAUGUACUGUUGAUGGUAAUCCUGUAUUAGACUGGAAAACUCCUCCAGAAGGUUACUGGAAACAUGAAAAUUUCUCUGGUAAUAAUCUUUGGGCUAAUGGUGGUCCUGAUGCUCCUUUUGACGGUAAGUUUGACCUGAUUUUAAACGUAGCGGUGGGAGGAACUGGGGGAUUUUUCCCAGACGGCUGGAACAAUGGAGCUGAUGGUAAACCAUGGAAAGAUAGCACAUCAACUGUCAUGAAGGAUUUCUGGAAUAGUCGUAGUAAAUGGCAACAAACUUGGCAUGGUGAUGACGUGGCCAUGAAAGUCAAAUAUGUGAAAAUGGUCCGGUACAAUUAACAUAUUAAAUAAAUAUUUUUUAUUUCGUC